CAGAGAGCAGUUUUUCACACUCCACCUGUCCCGGGCUGAGCCACCGCUGCUCCCCAGCGGGGUCUGUGAGGGGAGGGACCUGCACUAACCCCCUCUAUGCCCAACCAGGGCAGGACUUUCUCCGGUGGCUGGACCCAGCUCCUGGGGCAGCCCCGGGCUCUGCCGACACCAGCCCCUGAGCCGGAGCCUGCAGGCGGCAGAAUCACAUCCAUAUUUUGCACCAGAUCAUCUGACUGUCUCUGGAGACGGGGAAAGGAAAUGGCUGCAGUAGAGCUGGUGAGCUUCGAGGAGGUGGCUGUGUAUUUCGCUGAGGGGGAAUGGGCCCUUCUGGACUCAGGUCAGAGAUCCCUGAACAGGGACGUCAUGUGGGAGAAUUAUGAGACUGUGGCCUUGCUGGAAUUUGAUAGUCAUAGAAUCGUAGGACUGGAAGGGACCUCGAGCAGUCAUCUAGUCCAGUCCCCUGCCCAUUCUUAAAAAUCUCGAAUGAUGAAAAUUCCGUAACCUUCCUAGGCAAUUUAUUCUAGUGCUUAACUACCCUGACCAUUAGGAAGUUUUUUCCUAAUGUCCAACCUA